AUGCACCCCGCAGCCCGGGAAGCCCGGACGUUUGUUGUUGGUGGUGGUGGUGGAGGAGGAGGACUAGUAGGGGACUCGCUGCCAAAUUCUUGGGGAAGUAUGCAUGGUAUUGAUUAUGGGCACGUGGACAUGUUUAGUUUUUUGUACAUGCGUAGAUUGUUUGUGUGCUUCUUCCCCAUCUAUACAACAGCAGCAGCAUGUGAAGAAGUCUCAGAUUUCGUAACACUAUUUCCCGUCUAUUUGUUUGCUUGCUCUUCUACUUGGGGGGCCUACUUACCUCGGCCUGUGCACAUGUCAUGGCCCUAUCCCCGAUCCCAAUCUCCAUCUCAAUCUACUGCUCAUGUGCAGUACCACGCCCUCCACGUUUCUCCGCCAGUAGAUCCCUUCGACACCGCCCAUCCUCAGACAACAUCUACUUUAUUUAACUUUUCGGAGCAGACUAUGCUUGUCUACGGCCUGCUAUAG